UCACCCCCGUCUUUGCUCCGCCCUCCUGGCUCGAAGGCACAGCCAAGGUAACAGGUUUUCCUGCUGGAACUGGCACUGGAGUAAGGAGCCUGUGUUUAGAAGGUGUGAAAUCAGAAGGCGGAGAACAUUAUUCCUCCUACUACUGCUGGUUCGUAGCCGGAUAAUUCCAAUUUAUGCUCCAAUUCUCUUAUCUCAAGUGCAAAGGAGAUAAGGUUUUAUUUUCUCAGGAAAAGGCAAAAAAAAAAAAAAAAAAAAAAAAGUGGUAGGCAGUGGCAUUUCCUGUCAUGGAGCCCAACGGCCAGAGGAACUCUCAGAUGGCGCCCACAUUCUUCAGCAGUAAGGAGGGUACAGAGAAAGACAAGCAUUUGUUGAUCGAAGCUGUUCAGAGGAAAGAUGUUAAGCUGGUCCAGCAAUUGCUGGAAAGAGGGACUGAUGUCAACUUCCAGGAAGAGGAAGGGGGCUGGACCCCCCUCCACAAUGCUGUCCAGCAAAACAGGGAGGACAUUGUGGAGCUGCUUCUGGAUCACGGUGCUGACCCUCAUCUGAGGAAGAAGAACGGGGCCACCCCCUUCAUCAUUGCAGGGAUUGUGGGAAAUGUGCAACUGCUCAGACUCUUCCUUUCGAAAGGAGCAGAUGUCAAUGAGUGUGAUUUUAAUGGCUUCACAGCUUUCAUGGAAGCUGCUGCGUACAAUAAGGUUGACGCCUUAAGAUUCCUUCAUGAGAGAGGAGCAAAGGUGAAUUUGGGUCGAAAACCAAAAAUGGACCAAGAGAAGCUCGGGAAGGGAGGUGCUACAGCUCUCAUGGAUGCUGCUGAGAAAGGCCACAUAGUUGUCUUAAAGAUUCUUCUUGACGAGAUGGGGGCAGAUGUCAAUGCUCGUGACAACAUGGGCCAGAAUGCCUUGAUCCAUGCUCUGCAGAGCUGUAAUGACAGGGAUGUGGAGAAUGUUAUUCACCUGCUGCUGGACCACGGGGCUGAUGUCAGUGGGAGGGGAGAAAGAGGGAAGACGUCCCUGAUCCUAGCAGUGGAAAAGAAGCACUUGGGUUUGGUGCAGAUGCUUCUGGAACAAGAGGGCAUAGAGAUUAAUGACAAAGACAGCGAGGGGAAAACAGCUCUGCGGAUUGCUGUUGAAUAUGAACUGAAGGACAUUGUCCAGUUGCUGUGCGAGAGCGGGGCCAGCGUGGAUUGUGGGGACCUUGUGAUGAUCGCAAGGCGGAAAUACAACAGUUGCCUUGAGGACAUUCUUCUCACGCACGGAGCCAAAGGACAUUCUAACCCUAUUGCAGAAGACUGGACACCUCAGAGUUCAUGUUGGGGGGCAGCUCUGAAAAAACUCCAUAAAGCACACUGCCCUGUGAUCGGCAAACUCAGGAUCUUUAUUAAUGAAGAAUAUAAAAUUGCUGACACUUCUGAAGGCGGCAUCUACUUAGGGUUCUAUGAGGAGAAAGAGGUGGCUGUGAAGCGAUUUCGUGAAAACAGUGUGUGUGCACAGCAGGAGAUCUCCUGCCUGCAAAGCAGCCGAGAGAACAGCCACUUGGUGACACUCUAUGGGACGGAGAGCCACAAGGGCUGUGUCUAUGUGUGCCUCACCCUCUGUGAGCAGACGCUAAGAGAGCAUUUGGAUAUGCACGGAGGGGAAGCUGUGGAAUGUGGAGAAGAUAAGUUUACCCGAGAUAUCCUAUUAUCUAUAUUUAGGGCUGUUCAAGAACUACACCUGUCAUGUGGGUACACUCACCAGGAUCUGCAGCCACAGAACAUCUUAAUAUAUUCUAAGAAUGCUGUUCGCCUGGCAGACUUCGAUAAAAGUAUCAAGUGGGCUGGAGAUCCACAAGAAAUCAGGAAGGAUCUAGAGGCCCUUGGACGGCUAGUCCUGUAUGUAGUAAAAAGGGGAAAGAUCCCUUUUGAGACGCUGGAGACUCAAGGUGAUGAAGAGUUGGUUCAACUUUCUCCAGAUGAAGAAAGCAAGGACCUCAUCUAUCACCUGUUCCACCCUGGGGAGAAUGUGAAGGACUAUCUGAGUGACCUUCUGGAGCAUCCCUUCUUUUGGACUUGGGAGAGCCGCUAUAGAACCCUCCGGAAUGUGGGAAAUGAAUCUGACAUUAAAAAGCUAAAACCUAAAAGCAAGAUCCUUGAACUACUAAAUCCUGGGCCAUCUGAUUGUUCAAGAAGUUUUUCCCAGUGGACUAAGGAGAUUGAUGAAUAUGUUAUGAAAAAAAUGAAUAAAUUCUAUGAAAAAAAUCGUAAUUUUUACAAGGACACUGUGGGUGAUUUGCUAAAGUUCAUCCGUAAUAUAGGAGAACACAUAGAUGAAGACAAGAAUAAAGACCUAAAGUCAAAAAUUGGAGAUCCUUCCUGUUAUUUUCAGAAGAAAUUUCCAGAUCUGGUGAUCUACGUCUAUACAAAAUUACAGGACACAGAAUAUAAAAAGCAUUUCCCCAACACCCACCAUCCAGACCAGCCUCAGUGUGACAGAGGAGGCAGGACCAGUGGGCUGGCCAGCCCUGCGUGCUGACCAGCUGAGUCAAGUUCAGGAAGUCAUUUAUUCAUUGUUUAGUCCUGGGAAGGUUGCAACUCUCUGGGCCUCUUAACUAACCCAGGUACUUGUGAAGUUGACUUGGAUAAUGGAUGUGUCCAUUCCUGGUGCAGUGCAUUUCGUAUCUUUGUAACAAAAGCAUUAUCUGCCUAAACUACACUAGUCCAUUUUUCUGGGUUAAGUUUAUCAGCAGCAACUGGGAGGUCAGUCUGCUAAGAUGCCUCUUGUGAUUUGUACCAAAGGAGUGAGUACGACGCCUGAUGCUGUAUGUUUUUAUAAUUUCACUUCAUUUUCCAGUGGCAUUACAAAAUAGGGUUUAGUAACCCCAUUUAAGAACUGAACAAUCUAAAAAAAUUGAAAUCCGAGACUUUCAAAAAAAAUUGAAAUAGGUACUUGUAUGCCAAUAUUCAGCAAUUGUCACAAUAAGCCAAAAGGUUGGAACAGCCAGAAUCCAUCAUCCAUCAAUGAAUACACACACACACACACACACACACACACACACACACAUAAUGAAUGAACCUUGAAAACAUACUAAGCGAAAUGAACCGAAUAUGAAAGGAAAAAUAUUGUAUGAUCUCACUUACAGGAGGCAGCUAAAAUAAACAAGUUCAUGGAGACAGGGUUACCAGAGGCUAGGAGGAGGAAGAAAAUGAAGAGUUAUUAUUUAAUGAGUGCAGAGUUUCUGUUUGGGAUUUUUAAAAAUCUGGAAAUGGAUAAUGGUGAUGGUCACACCACAUUGUAAAUGUACUUAAUGCCACUAAAAUGUACAUGUAAAAUAGUCAAAAUGCUCAUUUUUAUGUUGUGUGCAUUUUACCACCAAAAACAAAACAAAACAAAACAAAAAGGAGCAACCUGAAACUCAAUGUUUUGGCUACUUGCCUGACCUCAUAUACUCUGCUUAGAGCACUGUGUAAAUGGAUAUGGGGUUAUUGUGACCUUUCCCUUAGGUACCUUAGAGCUUACCCCAAAGCUCUUCUGGUGAGACCCCCAAAGAAAUAUGCCAGAUGGGCUCCCAGAAGCAUUUAAUAUUUGUUGAGCACCAGUUUAAUUCUAGGUAACAGUUGCAUAAAUGCUACUCUUUCUAGAACCACCUGCACUGGUUUUCGUGAUCUUAAGGCAGUAGUUCUUAACUGGGGACCACUUUGCCCCUCAGGGGACAUUUGGUAACAUCUGGAGAUGUUCUUAGUGUCACAGCUGGGGCAACGAUGCUAUUGGCAUUUAGUGGGUGGAGACUGUGAAUGCUGCCAAGUACUCUACAAUGCAGGGUACAGCCCCCACAACACAGAAUAUCUGAUCAAAAUACCAGAGGAGCUGAGGAUAGGAAAACCUGCCUUAAGGGACUGGGACAAUUUUGACUUGACUGUGGAGGGUGUGGGCCACUUCACAGAAGAGUGAGCUGAAUUUGUUUUCUUGCCAGUUGGAUCUGCAGUGAGGUAGUCCUGGUGUUAGCGCCUCAGGCAGUCCUUCAGACACCCUCACCUGCCACUCCCCAUUCUGGGUGGCUUUUUUUGACUCUAGCACCCAUAACCUCAUCAGGCCACACCUCUU